AUGAAUGUAGUAGCUCGUUGGCCUGGUUCUGCACAUGAUGCUACUAUCUUUAACAAUUCUGUUUUGAGAGCUCAGUGUGACAUUGGGACCUUUGGCAACCGCUGGUUACUUGGUGAUAGUGCCUAUCCCAAUAGAGCAUAUUUACUAACACCAGUUUUAAAUCCAAGUAAUAGCUCAGAACAAAAAUACAAUGAAGCUCAUAUUGCAACAAGGAAUCUAAUUGAACGUACUUUUGGUGUUUGGAAGCGUCGUUUCCCAGUUAUUUUUUUGCCUCUGCGCUUGUCACUUGCAAAUGUUCAAGCAGUUAUAAUAGCAACAGCAGUUCUACACAAUAUCUGUAGAAAAUACAACAUGCAAGAAAUGCCUUCAGAAGUAGAGUUGCCAGCAAGCCUAGUAACAGAUCCUUCUGUUGCAGACACUCAAUCUCAAGCUCUGGGAUUGCAAGAUAUUGUUGAAAGGAAUGAGCUUAUAAAUGGAUAUUUUUCGACUUUAUAAGAGGAAUUCAAUAUAAUUGAUGAAUUUUUAGUUUCUAAUGUAUAAAUAAAGUAAAUAGUAUAAAUUAUUUUAA